AUGCGUCGUCUACUUGGAAAAUUCAAGACACAGGUGGAAAAAAGUCCUGAAGCUGAGAGUAGCGAAAGCAAAUCCUCGACCAAUCGACCACAGACUCCUCUUACUAACCGAAAAGCGAGUUCUCUGCCAGUGGCUCAAACAUCCUAUUCUCCUCAUUCUGAAAGCGCACUAGCCUCUAGCACUUUUGAUACUUUGGAAGAAAGCAUCCGUCGCCCAGGAAAUGGCUACAACCCGGAAGCAGAGGCCGCAUGGGCUGAGUGGAUAUCACGGAACCAAGGCGAUGGGCCUUGUGAUUCUGGAUCUGCCGUUCGCGCCGCCUGUCGUGUUCUGGCGGAGUCAGCCAAACCUAAUCCAGCAAAUACUGAACUGCGAAAGUGGCGUCGUGAGCAACUGGGAUUGGCCCCGGGGGACGAUCCGGAGUGGGACAUGGACGAAACGGAUCAACGUGAACUUGAACAGUCGUAUGCGGAUGCCUACAGAGUCCCCGAAGAUCCCGCUGUGAGGACAGCGGUGGACAUCAUUAAUAUGACGCUUGAAAAGUUAGAUGUAAAUUUGAAACACGGUAAACACACAGAAAUUCCAACGUAG